GUGUCCUGUUUCCUGUGUUUUGGGGGCAGAGAGAAGGCUGUUCUCAGGGCCUGCUCCACCGUGAGGGAGACUGAGGCAGCGGAUGCAGAGAGGGGCAAGGAGGGGACUGAGAAAACAAAUAGGAUGUCCUCUCCCACCUCCCCGUCGAAAGCAGACAAUGGAGAAGGCAGUCAGUAUUCUGGUGGGCCAAGUCCAAUGGGAAUAACGAUGAAACCAUUUGAAUUCAUGGAGUAUGGAGAGAGAGAGGAGGAACAAUUUGAAACUAUGGAGUUGUGGAGGAACUUCACUGACAGUGGAACACUAAGAAUUCAUCAACAGACUGACACUGGGGAGAAACCAUUUAAAUGCACAGAGUGUGGAAAAAGCUUUGGUUGGAGUUCAAACCUUCGUAUACAUAAACACACUCACACAGGUGAGAAACCAUAUAAAUGUAAGGAGUGCGGAAAGAGCUUCGGUCAGAUUGGACACCUUAGAAACCAUCAACGGAUCCAUACAGGGGAAAAACCAUAUAAAUGCAUGGAAUGUGAAAAGAGUUUCACUGAUAGUGGAACAUUUAGAAAACAUCAACUGACCCACACAGGCGAGAAACCAUUUACAUGCAUGGAAUGUGGGAAGUGCUUCAGAGAACGUGGAUACCUUAGAAUUCAUCAACAGACUCACACAGGUGAGAAACCAUUUAAAUGUACAGAGUGUGGAAAGAGUUUCAGUAACAAUCGAUCCCUGACUCGUCAUCAUCGAACCCACACUGGGGAAAGACCAUUUAUAUGUACGGAGUGUGGUAAGAGCUUCACUGAGAGACGAGGACUUAGACGCCAUCAUCAAACUCACACAGGGGAAAAACCAUAUAAAUGUAUGGAUUGUGGAAAGAGCUUCAGUGAGAGUGGAAGACUAAAAACACAUCAACGUACUCACACAGGGGAGAAACCAUUUAAAUGCAUGGAAUGUGGAAAGAGCUUUAUUAAUGGUCCAGCACUUAGUAUCCAUCAUCAAACUCACACAGGGGAAAAACCAUUUGAAUGUAUGGAAUGUGGAAAGAGCUUCAGUGAGAGUGGAACACUUAGAAAACAUCAACAGACUCACACAGGGGAGAAACCAUUUAAAUGCAUGGAGUGUGGAAAAAGCUUCACUAAUCGUGGAACACUUAGAAUCCACCAUCGAUUUCACACAGGGGAAAAACCAUAUGAAUGUAUGGAGUGUGGAAAGAGUUUCAGUUAUAGGAGUGGACACCUUCGAAACCAUCAACGGACGCACACAGGAGAGAAACCAUUUAAAUGCUUGGAGUGUGGAAAGAACUUCAGUCAGAGUGGAAAGCUCAGAAUUCAUCAACAGACUCACACAGGGGAGAAACCAUUUAAAUGUAUGGAGUGUGGAAAGAGCUUUAGUCAGAGUGGACACCUUAGAACCCAUCAACGGACUCACACAGGGGAGAAACCUUUUAAAUGUAUGGAGUGUGGAAAAGGCUUCAGUCGGAGUGGACACCUUAGAACCCAUCAACGGACUCACACAGGGGAGAAACCUUUUAAAUGUAUGGAAUGUGGGAAGAGCUUCACAGAUAGUGGAACACUUAGAAAACAUCAACAGACUCAAACGGAGGAGAAACCAUUUAAAUGCAUGGAAUGUGGUAAGUGCUUCAGUCAGAGUGGAACACUUAGAAUUCAUGAACGGACUCACACUGGAGAGAAACCAUUUAAAUGUAUGGAGUGUGGAAAGAGCUUCACGGAUAGUGGAACACUUAGAAAACAUCAACGGACUCACACUGGAGAGAAACCAUUUAAGUGUAUUGACUGUGGAAAGAGCUUCACUCAGAGUGGACAGCUUAGAAGUCAUCAAAGGACUCACACAGGGCAGAAACCAUUUAAAUGUAUGGAGUGUGGAAAGAGCUACAGUCAGAGUGGGUACCUUAGAAUCCAUCAAAGGACUCACACAGGGGAGAAACCAUUUAAAUGUAUGGAGUGUGGAAAGAGCUUCACUGACAGUGGAAAACUAAGAAUACAUCAACAGACUCACACAAGAGAGAAACCAUUUAAAUGUAUGGAGUGUGGAAAGAGCUACAGUCGGACUGGACACCUUAGAACACAUCAACAAACUCACACAGGUGAGAAACCAUUUAAGUGUAUUGAGUGUGGAAAGAGCUUCACUGACAGUGGAAACCUUAGAAUUCAUCAACGGACUCACACAGGGGAGAAACCAUUUAAAUGUAUGGAGUGUGGAAAGAGCUUCACUGACAGUGGAAACCUUAGAAUUCAUCAACGGACUCACACAGGGGAGAAACCAUUUAAAUGUAUUGAGUGUGGAAAGAGCUUCACUGACAGUGGAAACCUUAGAAUUCAUCAACGGACUCACACAGGGGAGAAACCAUUUAAAUGUAUUGAGUGUGGAAAGAGCUUCACUGACAGUGGAACACUUAGAAUUCAUCAACGGACUCACACAGGGGAGAAACCUUUUAAAUGUAUGGAGUGUGGAAAGAGCUUCAAUCAUAGUGGAAACCAUAGAAUUCAUCAACGGACUCACACAGGGGAGAAACCUUUUAAAUGUAUGGAGUGUGGAAAGGGCUUCAGUCGGAGUGAACACCUUAGAACCCAUCAACGGACUCACACAGGGGAGAAACCUUUUAAAUGUAUGGAAUGUGGGAAGAGCUUCACAGAUAUUGGAACACUUAGAAAACAUCAACGGACUCAUACGGAGGAGAAACCAUUUAAAUGCAUGGAAUGUGGUAAGUGCUUCACUGAGAGUGGAACACUUAGAAUGCAUCAAAGGACUCACACAGGGGAGAAACCAUUUAAAUGUAUGGAAUGUGGGAAGAGCUUCAGUCAGAGUGGAACACUUAGAAUUCAUGAACGGACUCACACAGGGGAGAAACCAUUUAAAUGUAUGGAGUGUGGAAAGAGCUACAGUCAGAGUGGAAAGCUUAGAAUUCAUCAAAGGACUCACACAGGGGCAAAACCAUUUAAAUGCAUGGAAUGUGGGAAGAGCUUCAGUCAGAGUGGAAAGCUUCGAAUUCAUCAAAGGACUCACACAGGGGAGAAACCAUUUAAAUGUAUGGAAUGUGGAAAGAGCUUCAGUGAUAGUGGAAACCUUAGAAGCCAUCAACGGACUCACACAGGAGAGAAACCAUUUAAAUGUAUUGAGUGUGGAAAGAGCUUCACUUACAGUGGACACCUUAGAAUUCAUCAACGGACUCACACAGGGGAGAAACCAUUUAAAUGCAUGGAGUGUGGGAAGAGCUUCACUGAUAGUGGACAGCUUAGAAAACAUCAACGGACUCACACAGGGGAGAAGCCAUUUAAAUGCAUGGAGUGUGGAAAUAGCUUCACUAACAGUGGAAACCUUAGAAUUCAUCAACGGACUCACACAGGGGAGAAACCAUUUCAAUGUAUGGAAUGUGGAAAGAGCUUCAGUCAGAGUCCACACCUUAGAAUUCAUCAACGGACUCACACGGGAGAGAAACCAUUUAAAUGUAUGGAGUGUGGAAAGAGCUUCACUGAUAGUGGACACCUUAGAAAACAUCAACGGACUCACAUGGGAGAGAAGUCAUUUCAUUGUAUGGACUGUGGGAAAAGCUUCAGUCGCAGUGCACACCUUAGAACACAUCAACGGACUCACACAGGACAAAAACCAUUUAAAUGUGUGGAGUGUGGAAGGAGCUUCAGUGACAGUGGAAACCUUAGACUUCAUCAACGGACUCACACAGGGGAGAAACCAUUUAAAUGUAUGGAGUGUGGAAAGAGCUUCCGUCAGAAAAAUUCUUUCCAAAAACAUCAACGGAUUCACAUGGGGGAGAAACCAUUUAAAUGUGUGGAGUGUGGAAAGAGCUUCACUCAUAGUGGAGACCUUAGAAUUCAUCAACGGACACACACAGGAGAGAAACCAUUUAAAUGCAUGGAGUGUGGAAAGAGCUUCAGUGCAAGUGGAACACUUAGAAAACAUCAACGGACUCACACGGGGGAGAAACCAUUUAAAUGCAUGGAGUGUGGAAAGAGUUUCACUGACAGUGGAAUACUUAGAAUUCAUCAACGGACUCACACGGGGGAGAAACCAUUUAAAUGCAUGGCAUGUGGAAAGAGCUUCAGUCAGAGUGGAAAACUUAGAAUUCAUCAACGGACUCACACUGGGGAGAAACCAUUUAAAUGCAUGGAGUGUGGAAAGAGAUUCACUGACAGUGGAAGACUUAGAAAACAUCAAUGGACUCACACGGGGGGAAAACCAUUUAAAUGCAUGGAGUGUGGAAAGAGCUACACUGCCAGUGGAAACCUUAGAAUUCAUCAACGGACUCACACGGGGGAGAAACCAUUUAAAUGCAUGGAGUGUGGAAAGAACUUCACUGACAGUGGAACACUUAGAAAACAUCAACGGAUUCACAUAGGGGAGAAACCAUUUAAAUGUGUGGAGUGUGGAAAGAGCUUCAUUCAUAGUGGAGACCUUAGAAUUCAUCAACAGACACACACAGGAGAGAAACCAUUUAAAUGCAUGGAGUGUGGAAAGAGCUUCACUGGCAGUGGAACACUUAGAAUUCAUCAACGGACUCACACAGGAGAGAAACCAUUUAAAUGCAUGGAGUGUGGAAAGAGCUUCACUGGCAGUGGAACACUUAGAAUUCAUCAACGGACUCACACAGGAGAGAAACCAUUUAAAUGCAUGGAGUGUGGAAAGAGCUUCAGUCAGAGUGGAGAACUUAGAAUUCAUCAACGGACUCACACAGGGGAGAAACCAUUUAAAUGCAUCGAGUGUGGAAAGAGCUUUAGUCAGAGUGGAGAACUUAGAAACCAUCAACGGACUCACACAGGGGAGAAACCAUUUAAAUGCAUGGAAUGUGGAAAGAGCUUCAGUCAGAGUGGAAAACUUAGGAUUCAUCAACGGACUCACACGGGGGAGAAACCAUUUAACUGCAUCAUGUGUGGAAAGAGCUUCAGCCAGAGUGCAAAACUUAGAAUUCAUCAACGGACUCACACAGGAGAGAAACCAUUUAAAUGCAUGGAGUGUGGAAAGAGCUUCACUGACAGUGGAAACCUUAGAACACAUCAACGGACUCACACAGGGCAGAAACCAUUUAAAUGUAUUGAGUGUGGAAAGAGCUUCAGUGCAAGUGGAACACUUAGAAAACAUCAACGGAUUCACAUGGGGGAGAAUCCAUUUAAAUGCAUGGAGUGUGGAAGGAGCUUCACUGAUAGUCGAAAACAUGGAAUUCAUCUACGGAUUCACACAGGGGAGAAAACAUUUAAAUGCAUGGCGUGUGGGAAGAGCUUCAGUGAGAGUGGACACGUUAGAAAACAUCAACGGACUCACAGAAUGGAGAAAUCAUUUCAAUGCAUGGAGUGUGGAAGGAGUUUCAGUACAAGAGUUCUUACGAAACAUCAACAAACUCAUACAGGGGAGAAACCAUAUAAAUGUAUGGAGUGUGGAAAGAGCUUCAAUCACAGUGGAAACCUUAGAAUUCAUCAACAUACUCACACUGGGGAGAAACCUUUUAAAUGCAUGGAAUGUGGAAAGAGCUUCACUCAGAUUGGAAACCUUAAAAUUCAUCAACGGACUCACACAGGAGAGAAACCAUUUAAAUGCAUGGAGUGUGGAAAGAGCUUCAAUCAGAGUGGAAAACUUAGAAUUCAUCAACGGACUCACACAGGGGAGAAACCAUUUAAAUGCAUGGAAUGUGGAAAGAGCUUCAGUCAGAGUGGAAAACUUAGAAUUCAUCAACGGACUCACACAGGGGAGAAACCAUUUAAAUGCAUGGAAUGUGGAAAGAGCUUCAGUCAGAGUGGAAAACUUAGAAUUCAUCAACGGACUCACACAGGGGAGAAACCAUUUAAAUGCAUGGAGUGUGGAAAGAGCUUCACUGACAGUGGAACACUUAGAAAACAUCAACGGACUCACACGGGGGAGAAACCAUUUCAAUGCAUGGAUUGUGGAAAGAGCUUCACUGGCAGUGGAACACUUAGAAUUCAUCAAUGGACUCACACGGGGGAGAAACCAUUUAGCUGCAUGGAGUGUGGAAAGAGCUUCACUGACAGUGGAACACUUAGAAAACAUCAACGGACUCACACAGGAGAGAAACCAUUUAAAUGCAUGGAGUGUGGAAAGAGCUUCACUGGCAGUGGAACACUUAGAACUCAUCAACGGACUCACACAGGAGAGAAACCAUUUAAAUGCAUGGAAUGUGGAAAGAGCUUCAGUCAGAAUGGAGACCUUAGAAACCAUCAACGGACUCACACAGGGGAGAAACCAUUUAAAUGCAUGGUGUGUGGAAAGAGCUUCAGUCAGAGUGGAAAGCUUAGAAUUCAUCAACGGACUCACACAGGGGAGAAACCAUUUAAAUGCAUGGAAUGUGGAAAGAGCUUCAGUCAGAAUGGAGACCUUAGAAACCAUCAACGGACUCACACAGGGGAGAAACCAUUUAAAUGCAUGGUGUGUGGAAAGAGCUUCAGUCAGAGUGGAAAGCUUAGAAUUCAUCAACGGACUCACACAGGGGAGAAACCAUUUAAAUGCAUGAAGUGUGGAAAGAGCUUCACUGACAGUGGAACACUUAGAAAACAUCAACGGAUUCACAUAGGGGAGAAACCAUAUAAAUGCAUGGAGUGUGGAAAGAGCUUCACUGACAGUGGAACUCUUAGAAUUCAUCAACGGACUCACACAGGAGAGAAACCAUUUAAAUGCAUGGAAAAACAUCAACGGACUCACACGGGGGAGAAACCAUUUAAAUGCAUGGAAUGUGGAAAGGGUUUCAGUCAGAGUGGAAAACUUAGAAUUCAUCAACGGACUCACACAGGGGAGAAACCAUUUAAAUGCAUGGAGUGUGGAAAGAGCUUCACUGACAGUGGAACUCUUAGAAUUCAUCAACGGACUCACACAGGAGAGAAACCAUUUAAAUGCAUGGAGUGUGGAAAGAGCUUUAGUCAGAAUGGAGGCCUUAGAAACCAUCAACGGACUCACACAGGGGAGAAACUAUUUAAAUGCAUGGAGUGUGGAAAGAGCUUUAGUCAGAGUGGAAAACUUAGAAUUCAUAAACAGACUCAUACGGGGGAGAAACCAUUUAACUGCAUGGUGUGUGGAAAGAGCUUCAGUGAGAGUGGAACACUUAGAAAACAUCAACGGACUCACACGGGGGAGAAACCAUUUAAAUGCAUGGAAUGUGGAAAGAGCUUCAGUCAGAGUGGAAACCUUAGAAUUCAUCAACGGACUCACACGGGGGAGAAACCAUUUAAAUGCAUGGAGUGUGGAAAGGGAUUCACUGACACAUCAAUUCUUCAAAAACAUCAACGGACUCACACGGGGGAGAAACCAUUUAAAUGCAUGGAGUGUGGAAAGAGCUACAAUUGGAGUGGACAACUUAGAAUUCAUCAACGGACUCACACAGGGGAGAAACCCUUUCAAUGUGUGGAGUGUGGAAAGAGCUUCAGUGAGAGUGGAAAUCUUAGAAGACAUCAACGGACUCACACAGGGGAGAAACCAUUUAAAUGCAUGGAGUGUGGAAAGAGCUUCACUAACAGUGGAAGCCUCAGAUUUCAUCAACAGACUCACACAGGGGAGAAACCAUUUAAAUGCAUGGAAUGUGGAAAGAGCUUCACCAGAAGUGGAGACCUUAGAAAACAUCAACGGACUCACACAGGGGAGAAACCAUUUAAAUGUAUGGAGUGUGGAAAGAGCUUCACUAACAGUGGAGACCUUAGAAUUCAUCAACGGACUCACACAGGGGAGAAACCAUUUAAAUGUUUGGAGUGUGGAAAGAGCUUCACUGACAGUGGAACACUUAGAAAACAUCAACGGAUUCACACAGGGGAGAAACCAUUUCAAUGCAUGGAGUGUGGAAAGAGCUUCAGUCAGAGUGGACAACUUAGAAAACAUCAAUGGACUCACACAGGGGAGAAACCAUUUAAAUGCAUGGAGUGUGGAACGAGCUUCACUGAUAGUGGACACCUUAGAGAACAUCAAUGGACUCACAUAGGGGAGAAACCAUUUAAAUGUAUGGAGUGUGGAAAUAGCUUCACUAACAGUGGAAACCUUAGAAUUCAUCAACGGACUCACACAGGGGAGAAACCAUUUAAAUGCGUGGAGUGUGGGAAAAGCUUCAGUCGGAGUGGAGACUUUAGAAUUCAUCAACGGACUCACACAGGGGAGAAACCCUUUCAAUGUAUGGAGUGUGGAAAUAGCUUCACUAACAGUGGAUACCUUAGAAUUCAUCAACGGACUCACACAGGGGAGAAGCCAUUUAAAUGCAUGGAGUGUGGGAAAAGCUUCAAAGGAGGUGGACAACUUAGAAUUCAUCAACGGACUCACACAGGGGAGAAACCAUUUAAAUGUAUGGAGUGUGGGAAAAGCUUCAGUCAGAAUGGACACCUUAGAAUUCAUCAACGGACUCACACCGGAGAGAAACCAUUUAAAUGUAUGGAGUGUGGAAAGAGCUUCACUAACAGUGGAAACCUUAGAAUUCAUCAACGGGCUCACACGGGGGAGAAACCAUUUAAAUGUAUGGAGUGUGGAAAUAGCUUCACUAACGCUGGAAACCUUGGAAUUCAUCAACGGACUCACACGGGGGAGAAACCAUUUCAAUGUUUGGAGUGUGGAAAGAGCUUCACUGACAGUGGAACACUUAGAAAACAUCAACGGACUCACACAGGGGAGAAACCAUUUCAAUGCAUGGUGUGUGGAAAGAGCUUCAGUCAGAGUGGACAACUUAGAAAACAUCAACGGACUCACACAGGGGAGAAACCAUUUAAAUGUAUGGAGUGUGGAAAUAGCUUCAGUCAGAGUGGACACCUUAGAAUUCAUCAACGGACUCACACAGGGGAGAAACCAUUUAAAUGUAUGGAGUGUGGAAAUAGCUUCACUAACAGUGGAAACCUUAGAAUUCAUCAACGGACUCACACAGGGGAGAAACCAUUUAAAUGUAUGGAUUGUGGAAAGAGCUUCACUGAAAGUGGAAACCUUAGAAUUCAUCAACGGACUCACACAGGGGAGAAACCAUUUAAAUGUAUGGAGUGUGGAAAGAGCUACAGUCAGAAUGGGCACCUUAGAAUUCAUCAACGGACUCACACAGGGGAGAAACCAUUUAAAUGUAUGGAGUGUGGAAAGAGCUACAAUGAGAAUGGGCACCUUAGAAUUCAUCAACGGACUCACACAGGGGAGAAACCAUUUAAAUGUAUGGAGUGUGGAAAGAGCUACAAUGAGAAUGGGCACCUUAGAAUUCAUCAACGGACUCACACAGGGGAGAAACCAUUUAAAUGUAUGGAGUGUGGAAAGAGCUACAAUCAGAAUGGACACUUUAGAAUUCAUCAACGGACUCACACCGGAGAGAAACCAUUUAAAUGUAUGUAG